CGCAGCAGCAGACGAAGCAGCUGAGGAGGAUUUUCUUUCGCUCGUGAAAUUUGUGCAUUUUCCGUGCGUUUUCCCCCGUGAUUCCGGUGCGAUUUUGAGCGGAAACGUGCGUAGCUAUCCGGUGGCACUUGUUUGGAAGCAUCCGGUGCGCCUCGCCCCCGGCGAAACUCGCUGGAAGCCGCUGGUCAAAAAGCAAAUUAUAGUGAUUUCCCGAAAAGCAGCAGCGAAAAUGCUCCGAACGCCGUUGACGAGGGCGCUGACGCUGGGCGCGCGCGGUUGUCCGUCCCAGGUUGUGCGAACGGCCGCGUCCAACACCCCGGCCAAGGCGCCCGAGCUGAUCGAGGUGUUUGUGGACGACCAGUCCGUGAUGGUGGCGCCCGGAACGACGGUGCUGCAGGCUGCAGCCCAAGUUGGGGUUGAGAUUCCACGGUUCUGCUACCACGAGCGGCUGGCCGUGGCCGGCAAUUGCCGCAUGUGUCUGGUUGAGGUGGAGAAGUCGCCGAAGCCGGUGGCGGCCUGCGCGAUGCCCGUGAUGAAGGGUUGGCGCAUCAAGACCAACUCCGAGAUGACCCGCAAGGCUCGCGAAGGCGUCAUGGAGUUCCUGUUGAUGAACCACCCGCUGGAUUGCCCAAUUUGUGACCAGGGUGGCGAGUGUGACCUGCAGGAUCAGGCCAUGGCGUUCGGGUCGGACCGGUCGCGAUUCACCGACAUUGACCACAGCGGAAAGCGUGCCGUCGAGGACAAGGACAUUGGACCGCUGGUCAAGACGAUCAUGACCCGGUGCAUUCACUGCACGCGAUGCAUCCGUUUUGCGUCGGAGAUUGCGGGAGUUGACGAUCUGGGUACGACCGGACGUGGUAACGACAUGCAGAUUGGAACGUACGUCGAGAAGCUGUUCCUGUCGGAACUUUCGGGCAACGUGAUUGACCUGUGCCCGGUCGGCGCUCUGACCAACAAGCCGUACAGCUUCGUGGCCCGUCCGUGGGAGAUCCGCAAGGUGGAAUCGAUCGACGUGCUGGACGCCGUCGGCAGCAACAUCAUCGUGAGCACCCGCACCGGUGAAGUCCUGCGUAUUUUGCCCCGUGAAAACGAGGAAAUUAACGAGGAGUGGCUGUCGGACAAGUCCCGUUUCGCAUGUGACGGACUCAAGCGCCAGCGCCUCAUCGCUCCGAUGCUCCGCAACCCGAACGGUGAACUCGAAGCCGUCGAGUGGGAAUCUGCUCUGAUCACCAUCGCGCAGGCUCUCCGCUCCGCGCCGAAGGGUAAAGUGGCCGCCGUUGCCGGAGGUCUCGCCGACGCCGAAGCCCUGGUCGCCCUGAAGGACCUGCUGAACCGUCUCGGCUCGGAAACCUUGUGCACCGAGCAAAAGUUCCCCACCGACGGCUCGGGAACCGACUUCCGGUCGAGCUACCUGCUCAACUCUUCGAUCGCCGCCUGUGAGGAAGCCGAUCUGGUCCUCCUCGUCGGAACGAACCCACGCUACGAAGCCCCGCUCCUGAACACCCGACUCCGCAAGGGCUACGUCCACAACGAGCAGAACAUCGCCCUGAUCGGACCCAAGGUCAACCUGUCGUACGAGUACGAACACCUGGGAAGCGAUGCCUCCCUCGUGCGGGACAUUGCCAGCGGAAACCAUCCGUUCGCGAAGAAGUUGAAGGCCGCCAAGAAGCCGCUGAUCAUCGUCGGCGCGAACCAGCUGGCCCGCAAGGACGGAGCCGCCUUCGUGACCGCUCUGCACGUCUUUGCCAACUCGCUGCAGCCGGCCGAUCCCAACUGGAAGGUCUGGAACGUGCUGCAGACGAACGCCGCCCAAACGGCCGCCCUCGACGUCGGCUACACGGCCGGAGCGGACGCGGCCAUCGCCGCCGAACCCAAGGUCCUCUUCCUGCUCGGAGCCGACUCCAACGCCAUCAAGAAGGACCAACUCCCCAAGGACUGCUUCAUCGUCUACCAGGGACACCACGGCGAUGCGGGCGCCCAGCUGGCCCACGCCAUCCUCCCCGGCGCCGCCUACACCGAAAAGCAAGCGACCUACGUCAACACCGAGGGACGCGCCCAGCAAACGCUCGUCGCCGUCACCCCGCCCGGACUCGCCCGCGAAGACUGGAAGAUCCUGCGCGCCCUCUCGGAAAUCGCCGGAGCGCCCCUCCCGUACGACACGCUGGACGAGCUGCGUUCGCGCCUCGAGGACAUCGCACCGCACCUGGUGCGCUACGGACGCCGCGAGAGCGCCAACUUCUUCAAGCAAGCCGAGGAAAUGCUCCGGAACGCGGCGGUCCACUUUGACGGCGCGAAGGUCGAGGUGCCGCAAAAGUCGCUGCAGGACUUCUUCAUGACCGACCCGAUCACGCGCGCUUCGCCGACCAUGGCCAAGUGCGUGACGGCCGCGAAGAAGCAGGCGGCGACAGCGAGCAACUAAGAAACAAAUACAUUACUCCAGCACAGCAGUUGUUUUUCCGAGCAAACUUUUUGUCGUAGCGAAAAGGAAAUUAUGAUAGAAAAGUUUAAAAUGUGAGCAAAAAAGGUGCGCACGGCCGCGGUGGCUAGUUUUGAGCAAAGCUACGAGUGGUAAAAGUAGAACGAAAAUAAAUACAAAAUUGUAAAAUAAUUAUCCAACUUCAACUUUGUUGUAACGUCAGGUUACAGAAAAAAACUAAUAAAAAGUGGUGAAAAUCUUAA